AAUGAUGGUGAUCUUGAAGGUGGAUAGUCUUCAGAAUCGUUGAAGAAAUGAACCGAGGGAUGAUGCUGAAAUUGGAAAACCUGGUCCAGUUACAUUGUGCUUGCAGACAGCUGCAUAGUCUUUCUUACAGGAAAAUUCACAGAACACAGUGGAAGCCUCUGCGGUCAUCCACAUACCCUAUGUGGCCAGUUCAGCUGCACCCACAGCUCUGGCAAACAGACACAUUCACCGGUGUUGCACUCUCACAAUAUAGGCUUUUAGCUACAAAGGAGGGGAAAAGACCAGGGAAACAGAAAUUACCACCAAUAAAACCUAAAAUAGAAAGGCAGGAGGUAAAGAUACAGCAGAGGAUGACAGUUCAAGAUCUUGCAAGAGCUAUGGAUAAAGACAUAGAUCAUGUGUAUGAAGCCCUACUACUCACAGGUGUUGACCUAGACUCACUAGAACCAGAUUCAGUUUUGGAAGAAGUCUGGAUUAAGGAAGUUGUUAAUAAAUCAGGGAUGAAAUGCAAAUGGGCAAAAUUAAAACAAGAAAAAGUCAGAGAAAAUAAAGAUGCUGUGAGAAGGCCUCCUGCUGAUCCAGCUUUAUUAACCCCAAGGCCUCCAGUUGUUACUAUAUUGGGCCAUGUUGAUCAUGGGAAAACAACUUUACUUGACAGUCUGCGAAAAACUCAAGUGGCAGCAAUGGAAGCAGGAGGCAUCACCCAGCAUAUUGGUGCCUUUCUUGUACAUUUGCCUUCUGGGGAAAAGAUAACUUUUCUUGAUACUCCAGGACAUGCUGCCUUUUCAGCAAUGAGGGCAAGGGGUACACAGGUCACUGAUAUUGUCAUAUUGGUUGUAGCAGCAGAAGAUGGAGUAAUGAAACAAACUAUAGAAUCCAUUCAACAUGCUAAAAAUGCCAAAGUUCCUAUCAUCCUUGCCAUAAACAAAUGUGACAAACCUGAAGCUGAUCCUGAAAGAGUGAAGAAAGAAUUGCUGGCUCAUGAUGUGGUUUGCGAAGAGUAUGGGGGUGAUGUUCAGGCUGUACAUAUGUCUGCACUUAAGGGUGAGAACCUGAUGGCUUUAGCAGAGGCAACUGUUGCUCUAGCAGAGGUGUUGGAACUGAAGGCAGACUCCACAGGCCUAGUAGAGGGAACCAUAAUAGAAUCUCGCACAGAUCAAGGAAGAGGUCCAGUCACUACGGCCAUAAUCCAGAGAGGAACUCUGAGAAAAGGAUGUAUUCUGGUUGCAGGUAAAAGCUGGGCAAAAGUGCGCCUGAUGUUUGAUGAGAAUGGCAAAACAGUAGAUGAAGCCACUCCCAGCAUGCCGGUAGAAAUUGUGGGCUGGAAGGAAGUCCCUUCAGCAGGAGCUGAAAUCCUUGAAGUAGAAUCUGAGCAAAGGGCACGUGAAGUUGUUGACUGGAGAAACUAUGCUGAACAACAGGAGAAAAUCAAACAGGAUAUGGAAGUUAUUAAAGCAAAGCAAAAGGAACACAAAGAUGCAUACAAGAAAGAACGAGAGAGCCUAUCCAAUCUGACCUGGAGACAGAGAAAAGCAGCAUUGUUUAAAACCAACAAACAUCUAAUAGCUAUGAGGUCUAAAGAGAGAGCGGAGAGUGACAGAAACGUGCUACCUGUAAUUGUUAAAGGUGAUGUAGACGGUUCCACUGAGGCCAUUCUAAACAUUCUGGACAGCUAUAAUGCUGACGAUGAAUGCGAAUUGGAUGUGAUCCAUUUUGGAGUAGGGGAUGUCAGUGAAAAUGACAUAAAUCUUGCUGAAACAUUUAAGGGUGUCAUAUAUGGAUUCAGUGUGAAUGCAAACAAAUCUAUUCAGCAGCUGGCUGCUAAAAAGGGAAUAAAGAUUAAAUUUCACAAUAUUAUCUACCAUCUUAUUGAAGACUUGAAAGAUGAGUUGAGCAGCAAAUUGCCCCCAUCUGUAGUAGAACAUAAAAUAGGGGAGGCCUCUGUUCUCGCUACCUUUUGUGUCACAGUAGGAAAAAGCAAGGUUCCAGUGGCUGGCUGCCGAGUACAGAAGGGGCAGUUUGACAGAAAGUUGAAGUUUAAACUAAUUCGUAACAGAGAUGUUAUUUGGAAAGGAUUUUUAACUUCACUGAAGCACCAUAAAGAUGAUGUCCAGGUAAUAAAAACUGGCAUGGAUUGUGGCCUCAGUUUGGAUAAGAACAUAGAGUUCAAUAUUGGAGAUGAAAUUAUCUGCUAUGAAGAAAAGGAAGUUGAACGGACAAUUUCAUGGGAUCCAGGAUUUUAAUAAUUUUACUUCACUUGAAUGUGAUGGAGAAAAGGCCUUGCAUUAUUCCUGAUCAUCUUUACAGAAUGUUCUUAUAUUAAAGACACUUACAAAGUG